AUGGCGCCCUACUACCUGGAUGAGCUCUUCCUGAGCGAGGAUUCUGACGAAAUACAAAUUUACUUCAACUGUAGUCGUGCGGAAACAGUUCCCACAGUAAUUGAGUGUUCAAUCCCGGAGCCCCUCGGUCUUGAAGACGGUACCAUCACUGAUGACCACAUCACAGCAUCAAGUCAUAUAACGAUUUAUCCAGCGAGGGAGGGACGGCUGAACGAUGACGGUGUAUGGAUGCCCCAGUGGGACGAUGAUACAAUUCCUUGGAUCGAGGUUGGCCUCAUUGACAGCACAGUGGUGCGUGGUGUCAUCACGCAAGGCUACUCUAAGUUCACUUACUUUGUAACGCAGUACAAGGUGGCGUAUCAGAAGCAGUUCUCAUCUGACCGUGAAUACGUGACAGAUGAAAACGGAGACAUCAAGGUAUUCAAAGGUAACACCAACGCUAAUGGUGACACCCCGGUCACUAACCUGUUUGAUGAGAGUGUGGUGGCGACGGUAGUGCGCAUCGAGCCCACUGAGUGGAAAACUGCUGCUGCUUUGCGAUUGGAGUUGCUUGGUUGUCGUCUUAAUUAG